AUGAGCUUUCUACCAUUGUUGUUCGUCGUUUUGAUCGCUUUGUUCGAGCCAAUUAGCUCGGUGCCCGCUUACGAACAGUGUGCAGGUUUGGGAUGGGACGGUAUAUUUAGAAGAUGCGACGACGGUCUGGUCUGUUAUGCAAGAUCUGAAUAUUAUGCAAAUUGUCGCCAACCCAAUCAAUGUCCUUCAUCCUGGGCGUGUACGGUUGUCGACAGUGCAUCAACCAAAGUUCCCCCUCCAAAAAUUAUACCUGUCAAUGGACAAUGUGACAAUACAAGCUACACGAUGUGUACUUCUGGAACGCUCUGUCUACAACAGACUAAUACCCACUCGGAGUGUCGUACGCAAUGUCCACCAUCAUGGUUAUGUGACAGUGGGGUUCUCUCUGAGUAUCAACAAUGCGGAGGUGACGGCUAUACAGGAUCGACUAAAUGUGCGCCAGGUCUCCGUUGCUAUUCUCAUAGCAAGUGGUAUGCUCAUUGUGCGGCAACAUGUCCAGGAAUUGGCUGGAUGUGUGAGUCUGGUUGA